AUGGACAAGCUGCCGCCGUCCAUGCGCAAGCGACUCUACAGCCUUCCGCAGCAGGUGGGGGCCAAGGCGUGGAUCAUGGACGAGGAAGAGGACGCCGAGGAGGAGGGGGCUGGGGGCCGCCAGGACCCCAGCCGCAGGAGCAUCCGGCUGCGGCCGCUGCCUUCGCCUUCACCCUCGGCUGCCGCGGGCAGCACGGAGCCCCGGGGCGCGGCCCACGGGGCGGCAGACGGCGAGGGGUCAGCCCGCGGCGCGGGCAAGUCCAGCACCAACGGCGACUGCAGGCGCUUCCGCGGGAGCCUGGCAUCGCUCGGCAGCCGGGGCGGCGGCGGCGCGGGAGUGGGGGGCGGCAGCAGUCACGGGCACCUGCAUGACUCCGCGGAGGAGCGGCGGCUCAUCGCCGAGGGCGACGCGUCCCCCGGUGAGGACAGGACGCCCCCGGGCCUGGCGGCCGAACCCGAGGGCUCCGGCGCCUCGGCGCAACCUGCAGCCUCGCCGCCGCCGCCGCCCCAGCAGCCGCCGCAGCCGGUCCCCGCCUCCUGCGAGCAGCCCUCGGUGGACACCGCGAUCAAAGUGGAGGGAGGCGCGUCCGCUGGAGACCAGAUCCUCCCUGAGGCCGAGGUGCGCCUGGGCCAGGCCGGCUUCAUGCAGCGCCAGUUCGGGGCCAUGCUCCAGCCCGGGGUCAACAAAUUCUCCCUGAGAAUGUUCGGCAGUCAGAAGGCGGUAGAACGCGAACAGGAGAGGGUUAAGUCGGCCGGGUUUUGGAUUAUCCACCCCUACAGCGACUUCAGAUUUUACUGGGACCUGACCAUGCUGCUGCUGAUGGUAGGAAACCUGAUCAUCAUUCCCGUGGGCAUCACCUUCUUCAAGGAUGAGAACACCACACCAUGGAUUGUCUUCAACGUGGUGUCGGACACGUUCUUCCUCAUCGACUUGGUCCUCAACUUCCGCACAGGGAUCGUGGUGGAGGACAACACAGAGAUCAUCCUCGACCCGCAGCGGAUUAAGAUGAAGUACCUAAAGAGCUGGUUCGUGGUGGAUUUCAUCUCCUCCAUCCCUGUGGACUACAUUUUCCUCAUUGUGGAGACACGCAUCGACUCGGAGGUCUACAAGACUGCCCGGGCCCUGCGCAUUGUCCGUUUCACCAAGAUCCUCAGCCUCCUGCGCCUCUUGCGUCUCUCCCGCCUCAUUCGAUAUAUUCACCAGUGGGAAGAGAUCUUCCACAUGACCUACGACCUGGCGAGUGCCGUGGUGCGCAUCGUCAACCUCAUUGGCAUGAUGCUGCUGCUCUGCCACUGGGACGGCUGUCUGCAGUUCCUGGUGCCCAUGCUGCAGGACUUCCCCGACGACUGCUGGGUGUCCAUCAACAAUAUGGUGAACAACUCCUGGGGAAAGCAGUACUCCUACGCCCUCUUCAAGGCCAUGAGCCAUAUGCUGUGCAUCGGGUAUGGCCGGCAGGCCCCGGUGGGCAUGUCGGACGUCUGGCUCACCAUGCUCAGCAUGAUUGUGGGUGCCACCUGCUACGCCAUGUUCAUCGGCCAUGCCACCGCCCUCAUCCAGUCCCUGGACUCCUCCCGGCGCCAGUACCAGGAGAAGUACAAGCAGGUGGAGCAGUACAUGUCCUUCCACAAGCUCCCGCCUGACACCCGGCAGCGCAUCCAUGACUACUACGAGCACCGCUACCAGGGCAAGAUGUUCGACGAGGAGAGCAUCCUGGGCGAGCUGAGCGAGCCGCUGCGGGAGGAGAUCAUCAACUUUAACUGCAGAAAGCUGGUGGCCUCCAUGCCGCUGUUUGCCAACGCGGAUCCCAACUUUGUGACCUCCAUGCUGACCAAGCUGCGCUUCGAGGUCUUCCAGCCGGGGGACUACAUCAUCCGCGAAGGCACCAUUGGCAAGAAGAUGUACUUCAUUCAGCACGGGGUGGUCAGCGUGCUCACCAAGGGCAACAAGGAGACCAAGCUGGCGGAUGGCUCUUAUUUUGGAGAAAUCUGCCUGCUGACGCGGGGCCGGCGCACAGCCAGCGUGAGGGCUGACACCUACUGCCGCCUCUACUCGCUGAGCGUGGACAACUUCAACGAGGUGCUGGAGGAGUACCCCAUGAUGCGGCGGGCCUUCGAGACGGUGGCGCUGGACCGCCUGGACCGCAUCGGCAAGAAAAACUCCAUCCUCCUCCACAAAGUCCAGCACGACCUCAACUCGGGCGUCUUCAACUACCAGGAGAGCGAGAUCAUCCAGCAGAUCGUGCGGCACGACCGGGAGAUGGCGCACUGCGCGCGCCGCGCCCAGGCCGCCGCCGCGCCGGCCCCCACGCCGGUCAUCUGGACCCCGCUGAUCCAGGCGCCGCUGCAGGCCGCCGCCGCCACCACCUCCGUGGCCAUCGCCCUCACCCACCACCCGCGCCUGCCGGCCGCCGUCUUCCGGCCUCCCCCGGGGCCCGGGCUCGGCGGCCUCGCGGCCGGGCAGACGCCCCGGCACCUGAAGCGGCUGCAGUCUCUGAUCCCAUCGGCGCUGGGCUCCGCCUCGCCCGCCAGCAGCCCGUCCCAGGUGGACACGCCGUCUUCGUCCUCCUUUCACAUCCAACAGCUGGCUGGAUUCUCCGCGCCGGCCGGCCUGAGCCCGCUCCUCCCCUCGUCCAGCUCCUCCCCGCCGCCAGGGGUCGGCGGCUCCUCCCCGGCGCCCACUCCUUCCACCGCCGCGGCCGCCGCCCCCGCCGGGUUCGGCCACUUCCACAAGGCGCUGGGGGGCUCCCUGUCCUCGUCCGACUCACCCCUGCUCACCCCGCUGCAGCCGGGCGCCCGCUCCCCGCAGACCAGCCAGCCGCCGCCCCCGCUGCCGGGGGCCCGGGGGGGCCUGGGACUCGCGGAGCCCUUCCUGCCGCCCCCGCCCGCGGCCAGGUCCCCGUCGUCCAGCCCCGGGCAGCUGGGCCAGCCUCCCGGGGAGCUGUCCCCCGGGCUGGCCGCCGGCCCGCCGAGCACGCCAGAGACACCCCCGCGGCAGCCUGAGCGGCUGUCCUUGGUGACAGGGGCCUCAGGGGGGGCUUCUCCUGUCGCCUUCACCCCCCGAGGGGGGCCCAGCCCUCCUGGCCACAGCCCGGGCCCUCCAAGAACUUUCCCAAGUGCCCCGCCCCGGGCCUCCGGCUCCCACGGAUCCCUGCUCCUGCCCCCUGCAUCCAGCCCCCCGCCGCCCCAGGUCCCCCAGCGCCGGGGCACGCCACCCCUCACCCCCGGUCGCCUGACCCAGGACCUCAAGCUCAUCUCAGCCUCUCAGCCGGCCCUCCCCCAGGACGGGGCGCAGACUCUCCGCAGAGCCUCCCCGCACUCCUCUGGGGAGUCGGUAGCAGCCUUCCCGCUCUUUCCCAGGGGCGGGGGCGGCAGCGGGGGCAGCGGGGGCAGCGGGGGCAGCGGGGGCCUCGGUCUCCCCGGGAGGCCCUAUGGUGCCGUCCCUGGCCAGCACGUCACUCUGCCUCGGAAGACAUCCUCAGGUUCUCUGCCACCCCCUCUUUCUUUAUUUGGGGCAAGAGCCACCUCUUCUGGGGGCCCCCCUCUGACUGCUGCUCCCCAGAGGGAACCUGGGGCCAGGUCUGAGCCGGUGCGCUCCAAACUGCCGUCCAACCUAUGA